AUGCGCCCACCGAACCAGCUAGGUGGGGUAUCCGCUCUGCCCGGCGGUCCCGAUCAGCGCCCGGGCUCUACGCAAGCUAUCCUAGAAACGAUGGCACAAGCCCUGAUUGUGAUUCCUCCUGGCCCGCUGCAAGACGCUGUAUCAGAAGUCAGAAAACUAACCAGGAACUUUCAUUGGCUGCAAUGCGACGAGCAGGUAGAGGGGUUUCUGAAGUUGUGUACGGAUGUGGGGUGUGCGUUCACGAGACUGGAUCGCUCUCCCGGCAAGCGCCUCCAGAUUGAUGACAUCAUCAUGUUUCUGGGAACCAACCCACAAUUCUUCGCUUAUACUCGGAUAGAACUCCCUGAACAAUUAGUGGUCGACGAAAAUCCUCUGUAUUACGGUGGAUUCGCAGACGUCUUCCUUGCUCGUGACGGCACAAAGAAGCUGGCUUUGAAGAAGCUGCGUAUCUCAGAGAGCGAGAGACACGAUAAGCGUAUAAUUCGGGACUUCUCACGCGAGAUUCUGUGCUGGAAAUUCCUGCACCAUCCAAACAUUAAUAAGCUCGUGGGGGCCUCCUUAGACUCGUUCUCUAUGUUGUCUCCAUGGAUGGAGAAUGGGAAUGUGCCAAGCUACAUUCACGACACUCCUGAUGUGGAUUGGAUCGGUCUGCUAUGGUUUGGUACACGGCGACCUCAAAUGUACGAUAAACGCGCAUGCCUCACUGACUUCGGUCUCUCGCGGCUAAUGGUGCUCGUCGAUGCAAGCGCUAUGGGGCUCUCAGGGAUGGGUACAUGCUACAUGAUGGCACCAGAGCUAUUCGACCCUGAGAGUUAUGCACGCAAGCAUGCCUGGCCAACCAAGCAGACUGAUGUGUACGCUCUGGCAAUGGUCAUGUUCGAGGUUAUGGCUGGCUAUGUCCCGUGGGGGAAAGAGAGCGAACAUCGGAUCAUUUACAAGGUCAUUUCUGGUCAUCGACCACAGCGAACAGACCCGAAGCCGUAUCGCCGACACUCCGAUGUCAUAUGGAAGCUGAUGGAGCGAUGUUGGGACCAAGAUUGGCGAAAACGCCCGACGACCACAGAGAUCUUGCGGCAGUUGAAGAAUGUUCACGAUGUCUCGCGUCGUGCUUGCACUCAGUCUCUGCUAUCAGCCGCAGAAGAGCUACCUGCUUGGAAGUGGGGUCAUCGUCGAGGGUGUCUGGAGCGUAUGUCUCAGCGGGCAUCACUUUCAGUCAUCGUGAAUAAUGGAUAUGCCAGGUUCUGUGAAGCAAAGAUGCGAAGACCACCAGAUACAGGAUGGUACGAGCGUGUCGUCGUCGGGCUAAACAGCACAAGACGACGGCCUCAGUUCACGCUCGUGCAAGGGAGCAAGACUGAUGGUGUCAGCGCGAACGGCGCAGUAUAUCGCAUGCUAGGAACGGCGGAACAGGGCGACGGAAAGUGCUCCAACAUACUCACAGGUGCAUUCACCUUAGAGUAUGAUCCUACAACCAAUGGCUUCUGGAAAAGUGGUCAUAACCCCAGAUGGCCGUACGGUAUCGAGCUCCUCGGGUUGCUCUUGAUGGAGGCGCCAUCUCUGAAGCAUCUCUGCCUUGAGAACUUCGAGGAAUUGCUCUGGAUGCAUGAGCCGCUCGGACAGGUCGUCACCAGGUUUCGUGAACUCACCUCACUGACAUUACGCGUCGGCUGGGGUCCUAUACUCACCAGUGCUGCGUUAGCCAACGUGACAUCGCUUCUGAUAGAGGGCUUCCAAGCAGAGGAUCUGCAACUCGAGACUGAGGUUGAAGUGGAGGAUGCCCCCAUUCUGAUGGAUUCGUACAUACGCCGUCUGGAGAUAUGGUUGGCUCAUCUGCCUCUAUGUCAAUUCGUCCGCUUCUUCCCCAACGUUCGGCAGUUCCUCCGCGACAUUUUCAAUAAGCCAUCGCUGGACCUGGCGAAGGCAAAAGUAGCCGACAUCGUUACGUGUCCAAUCAAGUGUCCAAUGUACCACCUCGAUCUGGAUGCCACAACCGACGCCGAGAGCAAGGCAAUGCCUUUGGGAAGGAAACUGGCUACAAUCGUACAAAGUAUACAUGACACGUCUCCCGUCGUGCUUACGGUUGAAUUGAAGAGCGGGCUCCCCUGGAGUUGUUCCGUUCAGACCUUAUUAUCGACUGCAUCGCGCAGAACCGCAAGCUCAUUCCCUGCAGAUUGA